AUGGAUUCAUCAGCAUCUAAAAAUGCUCAUACACGUUUAAAUUCAUAUAAACAUCAUGGAAAAGAUCCCGACGAACUUCGACGUCGACGAAAUCAAUAUAAUGUCACACUUCGAAAAACGAAACGUGAUGAACAAAUUCAAGUUAAACGUAAUUUUCCUGCGGAUGAUAAUAUGUCAGAUGGUUCGGAAGAAGAUCGAAAACCAAGCCAUGAUUUUGAUCUUGAUGAUCUUGCUCUAAAAUCUAAAAGUGAUGAUCCAACAGUACGUCUAGAUGCUAUACGUUCAGCAAGAAAACUUUUAUCUAUUGAUUGUAAUCCUCCUAUUGAUAAAUUAAUACAAUCAAAUUUUUUACCAAUAUUUGUUCAAUAUUUAACCUACGAUAAAUAUCCAGAUUUACAAUUUGAAGCAGCUUGGGCAUUGACAAAUAUUGCAUCAGGUAGUUCAUAUCAAACACAAGCUGUUGCUGAUGCAGAUGCCUUACCACCUUUAUUAUAUCUUCUAAAUUCGCGACAUUCAAAUGUAUGUGAACAAGCAGUAUGGGCAUUAGGAAAUCUUAUUGGUGAUGGUCCAGCAUUACGUGAUUAUGCAGUUCAAUUAGGUGUGAUUAAGCCAUUAGUUGAAUUUCUUAAAAAAGAUGUACCUGUUAGUUUUCUUCGAAAUGUUACAUGGGUUAUUGUUAAUCUUUGUCGUCAUAAAGAACCACCAUUAGCCGUAGGUGCUAUUCAAGAACUUUUACCAGCUUUAAAAUAUUUACUUGCCUUUCAAGAUACAAAUAUUCUUGUAGAUUGUACAUGGGCAUUAGCUUAUCUUCUUGAUUGUGGAAAUGAAGUAAUUCAGGUUAUUACUGAUUCAGGUGUAUUACCACAGAUUAUUAAAUUUUUAAAUCAUGAUGAAAUUAAAAUUGUUACACCUGCAUUGAGAGCAAUUGGUAAUGUUGUAACAGGUACUGAUGAGCAAACACAAUUAGUUUUAAAUCAUGGUGCUCUUAAUUAUUUUCCAAAAUUAUUUAAAUCCAAAAAAGAAAAACUUAAUAAAGAAUCUGUUUGGUUUUUAUCGAAUAUAACAGCUGGUAAUCAACAACAAAUACAAGCUGUCCUUGAUGCACAAUUAAUUUCUGAUGUCAUUCAUCAUUUACAAUAUAGUGGAAUUCAAAUACAAAAAGAAGCAGCAUGGUGUAUAUCAAAUUUAACGAUGAGUGGUUCACCAGACCAAAUUCAAUAUAUAAUUGAUCAACAUGUUAUACCAGCGCUUUGUAAUUUAUUACAACAACCAGAUACUCAAGUGUUACAAGUUUGUCUUGAUGCUCUACAUAAUAUUCUUAAACAAUCAUCUGCAAUUAAACUUGAAUCAAUUACAAGAGAAAUUGAAGAAUGUGGAGGUCUUGAUAAAAUCGAACGUUUACAAACACAUUCAAAUGGAGAUAUAUAUAAACAAUCUUAUGAAAUAAUUGAUAAAUUCUUUUCAAAUGAAGCUGAUGAUGAAGAUAUUUCAUCAAUGAAUCCAACAUUGAAUACUAAUAAUGAAUUUUCAUUUGGAAAUUCUCAUUCAAAUACAUCGACUAAUAAUAAUAAUGAACGUUUUAAUUUUUAA